CUCUAGUGGGCGCACAUAGGUACUGCUGAGAGAGAGGAGGGAGGGUGUGAGAGAGAAAGAGAAAGAAGUGAAGGCAGCCGGGGAGCUCAGCACAGCCAGCAUGGCGAGCCAAAGGGACUUCACAUACAGAAAACCUUGGAUUAAUGUCCUUCUGCGACUCCUACAGCUGUUAUUGCCGUACAUUCAACACGGAGGAGCUCAGUUUCAAGCCCUGACUCGGAUGUCCAGUGUGGUUGAAGUUUGGCAGGCUGAGGACGCAGACUUCUUCAUUUCAUCGCAGGCAGAGGAGCAGCACAGUGAGAAUGUUCCUCGAGACGAGAGUGCAUGGAAAACUAAGCCUCCUGAGGACACCAGCUUUCUGUUUACUCUACAUUUGCAUUCAUGUGACUGGCAUGACCUAAGAUCAACAUGCAUUGUUUUAUUAACUACAUUUCAAUAGCAAGAUACGAAUAAGAGCGUAGCUUAGAACUCAUUGGCAUUUUGUUUAUAUGGAAAAAUACCAAUUUUAGCACAAGCCUGCAAGGCGGCACAUGGUUUACAGGUGUGUUUCAGAAGAAAAAGA